UUGUGGUACACUAACUAUUUCUGUACUUCAUAUGCUACCAGCAACUGAUAUUUGUAGUAAAUGCUCUUAUGAAUUUAAGCUGUUGUCUUUAUAUGUUUAUGUUUGCUGCCCAGAAAUUUCUUAGGAAUCCGGACAGAUAUAUACGGCUUGGUGCUCGUCCUCCUCGAGGAGUUCUCCUGGUGGGUCUUUCUGGGACAGGUAAGACUCUUCUAGCAAAAGCAGUGGCCGGUGAAGUAGAAGUUCCAUUCAUAAGUUGUUCGGCCAGUGAGUUUGUGGAGUUGUAUGUUGGCAUGGGUGCAUCUUGAGUUAGAGAUCUCUUUGUACGAGCAAAGAAGGAAGCACCAUCUAU